AUGGCAGCAGCAGCAGCAGCAGCAGCAGCAGCACGCAGUUCCCUGGUGGGAGCAGUUCAACCGGUGCAACAGCAGCAGCAGCAGGAGCAGCAGCAGGAGGAGGAAGCAGCAGCAGCAACACAAAGGGGAGUUGCUGCAGCAGCUGCAGCAGCACAUGGAGCUCUCACGGGCUGCAGCUCCCCUGUGGUAUGUGUGUAUGUAUUGUUGGUGGGGGUAAUAUAG